UGGCGUGUCUGGCAAACAUGGCGUCUGUAACAACAGCCACCUCAGAGUGGAUUCAGUUUUUUAAGGAUGCAGGAAUCCCAGCAGGACUCGCAGUUACAUAUGCAGUUUCCUUUGUGGACAACAGAAUUCAGAAGAACAUGCUGAUGGACCUCAGUAAAGACAUUAUGAUGGACCUCGGCAUUACUGUGAUCGGUGACAUCAUUGCUAUUCUUAAACAUGGCAAGCAGGUCUAUAGGCAGGAUAUGUGCAAAAUGGCAACUGAGGCCAUUUCUUCAGGCCAGACCAGUGUUCAAGCCGAGCUCAGAAGAACUGCCAACACUCCUGCUACCCGUAUGAUCGCCAAUGCCUUGAGCCACGACUCCCCCCCUGCCACUCCAGUGCGCCGACCUGACAACCGGCUCUGUGUCACGGUCUCAAAUGCACAAGCAAGCAAGAACAACAAAGCAGUUGUGUGUCAGCCAGCUGAUGAGGGGAGGGGUUUGACAGCAGUGAAGCGCCGGCGCGUGACAGCUGAGAUGGAAGGCAAGUACAUCAUUAACAUGCCCAAGGGCACCACACCUCGCACACGCCGAAUCCUGGCCCAGCAGGCCAAGAAAGGUUUGAAGCGUACGUCUGUGUUUGAGAGACUGGGAGCCGAAGCGAAGGCAGACACAACAAGUGAUAACAAGCCCACUGGCGUGUUCAGUCGCCUCGAUGGAGGAGCCGGAAGCAAAGAGGUGCCAAAGCCAGGAAAUAUGGCCGUCAACAUGGAUGACGAUGAGGAUGACAGUGAUGGAGAGGGCUCUGUCCUCCAGUACGCUGGUGUCCUCAAGACACUCCCUCCAUCCCAGAAGAAGAAGAAGAAGCCAGUCGUAAAAGCAGCUCCUACCACUCUGCGACGCCUGGGAGGCAAAUUCAAACUACCUCCUUCUCAUACUCCCACGUCCUCCUCUACCUCUUCCUUAAAUGGCCUCCUACCCGCCAAAGUUAGUGUUCUUCAGAGACUGGGCAAGAUUCCCACUACAAGUGUCACUGUGGCGGCAACACCUACUGACACCCAGGACAACAGAGUGACCAGCACGAGGCCCAGGGUGCAGGAGCGGAUCUCUAUAGCAAGCUCCAAGGUCAGCAGCAGCACCGGAGGAGGGGGAGCAGGAGCAGCAGGAGGAGCAGGGGGAGAGUCUGUAGGGGCCCAGAUGGAUGUCAAGGCUGUCAGUGUUUUUAAGAGACUGGGCAGCAAGAAAACCCAAUAAACUUGAUAAAAAUUAUUCAAAUUUUUACCUUUUAGUUUGGAACAGAGUGUGUAUCACCAUCUGUUUGAAUUUAUUUUGCAGCAUGCAGGACUGCAAAAAUACUUUAUUUUGAAAUGGUGUAAAUGCUGCUCAUUGGAAACUAAAAACAGAUUUAUUUUUUUUUAUUUUUGUUUUAUUUUUUAUAUUUAUUUUUUUUCCCACAAACACAUAAUUGCCAUUGAAAAGUCACCUUAAUUUAGUUUCCAAGCUUUUAACCAUUAGGCGUUGCUGUGUUUUAUAUUGCACAUGUAGUGCGCUUUUUUGAGUUUCUCAAUCAUAUCUGACUUUUAUGCUAUCGUAGGACUAUGUUAUUGAUAUAUUAGUGAUCUUAAGGUAUAAGCAUGAUAUCAACCAAGUUGCCGCCGUGGUGGUUUUACUGUUCUCCAGUUACUUAACAUAUACUAUGGGCUCUGCUGCUUAGUUUUAGUUAUCAUACACAGUUGUGGAAAGUGUUGCCGUUCUAAGGAAUUCUGUAAUAAUUUUUACUUGGAGAUGGGCAGAUGGACACGGGGAAAAGUCAGGGGGUGAUGGCAAAAUCUUCCUGUUCCCUUUACCUGCAAAUUACCUCGUGUUUUAUUUUAAAAGUAGGAAAUUUGUAAAGGUGUUGGUGAAAGGCUUCUGAGCUUUGACGCAUGAUUUGUGACCUCAUUGAACACUUGGAUCCAAAAAAAAACAAAAAGCAAUGCACCACCUCUUCGUCUGUGCUUGAGUAAAUGUUUCCACCUCUGAACUUAUGUCAACUUUUCUACCACACUUUCUAUAACCUGUACUUGAAUGCCAGAUCAGUGGAAUAUUGUUUAUUUUGAAAUGCAAUGUAUAGAUUUGCUAGACUUGAUUUCAUGCAGGAUAGAACCCGUUCUGAUGCUUAUUUUUAUAUGUGCACGCUCUAUGUAUUCAAGUAAAGAACCUCAGAGGUGCUAUCCGGCUUGGUGUCAGGGGGCCACUGUACUUUUUAGUUCCAGUAGGUACUUCACCCAACCCGUGUGUGGAUCAUUCACACCUGAACUUUGUAUAACUGUUAAUAUUUUGAAAUGUUUUUAUUGUUUUAAGAAACAAAGAAAAAAAGCAAAACAUGCCAUGAGUUCUUGUGGUUU